UAUCGCUUUCUCUGUCCACUCCCAGAAUAAAACCCUAGCUUUCUCUUUUCUCUCCCUGAACGCUACAUUUCGAAAUCGGACGACAAUGUCGACGCCGGAAGAAGCCGGAGUGACCGCUAAUGCCACCACAUCUUCGUACGCCGGUGGAGGAGUCGGAGGGAAGUUCCGGAAGAAGCCUUUUCGUCGACAAGCGACGCCGUACGACCGUCCCCCCACCGCCUUUCGUGAUAACAACAUUAAUAGCAACGACAGUAGUAGCAGCUGGUUAACGAAGCUGGUCGUGGAGCCCGCCUCUAAGCUCAUAUCAUAUGGUGCUGACCGCUUUUUCGGUUCUGUCUUUCGUAGACGCCUCCCUCCUCAGCCACCAGAGUCAAAUGCUCAAGAUGGUUUACCAGAGUCAAAUUCUCAAGAUGGUUUAUCAGAGUCAAAUUCCCAAGAGAGUGAUGGGGAUCAAGGGACUUGUCUUAAUAGUGAUAGAGAUGAACAAGAGCCCAGAAUUGGUCAGUGCAGCCAGCCAAUAAAUAAUUCUAGCAGCCAUGGAGUGACAGUCACUGAGCUUGAGCAUUUGUUGAAGCAAAAGACAUUCACUAGGUCUGAGAUUUCCUAUCUGGCAGAACUUUUGCAGUCACGAGCUGCAGAAGUGUCUCCUGGGGAUGCAAGCCGAAUCAAUGUAGUGUCUGUUUUAGAUUCUAGCAGGCAAAAAGAAUUUGGAAGCGGUAUAUCAGAAGGAAACAAGAAUGAUGGGAUUGAGUCAUCGGCUAUAGUGCUUACUCCUAUAAACAAUUCAAAAGUGCUUGGGAAUGAUAUUGUUUCUCCAGCUGAACUUGCUAAGUCUUACAUGGGAAGUAGGACGUCACAAGUUUCUCAAUCAUUGCUGGGAAUGCGCAAUCAACUUGGUAACGAUGGCACAUGGUUGCUUGCUGAUGCACUUAAUCCUCCAAAGUCACCUAUUGUGUCACUGGCUAGGAGAAGUUCUGUUGGCUUGAGUGCUGCAGAAAAUGUUUAUAUAACCCCACUAUCCCGUGGCAGAUCGGCUAUCUACACCAUGGCUCGCACUCCAUACUCAAGAGUUCAUCCAACUUCCAUAUCGAAGAGAAGUGGAAUCAACAGUAGGGGUUUUGCUGGGCCAUCAACAUCAACGUCAUCCCUUUCUCCACUGGAGAAUGAUGGAAAAUAUGACUUGCGGCUGGGGACCUUAAAGCGUAGAAGUUCAGUGUUGGAUGCUGAGAUUGGCUCUGUUGGUCCUAUUCGCAGAAUCAGACAGAAAUCCGAUUUAUUGGCAUCUAGAUUUCAUCACAAUGCUCAUGGAGUGGGAGUUGGCUCGCAUGCAAAGCAGAAGCCUCAAAUGAAUGGGGACAAAAGGAACAAGACCUUGAAAAAUAGUGGAGAAAAUGAGAAUGAGAGUGUCCCAAGAACCAGUUAUGCUCAUAUUCCUUCCAAGUCUAAAGAAGUUGCUGCCAAAAUAUUGCAGCAACUUGAAAAGAUCAGCCCAAAGGAAAAAUCUCCAGGAUCAAAGUUAGUGGCAAUGCAGGAGAACUCAUAUUUAAAGUUGUUCUCGAGUAGGCUCCCCGGACAGGCCCUCUGGAGCAUGGAGGAUGUAGGCACUUCAAAGAUGCUAUUGAAUGCCCAAGAUGAUCUUAAGUCUGUGAAUCUGACCAAUAACACACUGCCUGAUGUUCACGAGUCUUCUCCCCAACAGCAAGGGAAAACAGAAGGGAAUAAUCCCAAUGAUUCCUUUAUUCCUUCUGGCAGAUGGAACUCUGUUCUGAACAAUGAUUCUGCAGUGUCCUUGAAGGCUUCUACUUCUGGCCUUGGAGCUGGUGAUUCUGUUGUGAAGAAUGGAUCAUCCCUACCUCAAAAGAAGAGAGCUUUAAGGAUGAGUAUAGAAGAGGGUUCCUUGGAGCUUGCUGAUGCAGAGCGCAAUGGACGUGCAUCUAGGUCUUUAUCCAAUAAUAAAGGGCCUUUUGAGUACUUGCACACCAAACCUGCUGGAGAUGCCAGAACCACUUUCAAGUCGGAAGAUAACUCAUCUAUGGGACUUAGUUCGAGGAGUACAAGCGAACUUACCUCUGGGGCUGUCACAUUUGAAAAGGGGACUAGUGUCAUUGCCAUCCCUGCAUCAGAAGGAAAAAAUUCUGCUGCUUCACAAUCUCAAAUUCUUACUUCAUCAGUUCCUGCAUUUGAUAAGGCUAAGGAAGCAAAUAGUUCUAAUUUUUUCAGCUUCAGCUCUAAAGCUGCUGAUAAUUCUCCUUCAUUUCCUUCUGGAUCCACCAAAAGGGCUGAAUCCGCUGAAAGAUCAAGCAGCUUGGCCAAUACUUCGAUGUCAGUUGGCUCUAAAGUCGGAACUUUUGAUUCAGAGACAGGGCUUCAUAUGAAGCCUGGUAAAGUGGUAGAUACUAAUGGAAAAUGUGAUGAUGGUUCUUCUGCGGCGUUAACUGGGCCACUUGUUUCAAGAUCUUCUCCACUAUCUUUUCCUGCAGCUUCGUUUGGUGAUAUGCAUUCGACAUCCACGGGUAGUGCUCCCCCGUUUACCCCUUUGACCAGUUCUGCUAACUUUCUCCCCACUGGUGGCAGUACCAGCACAGCAGUCCCCUUUAGUGGAAGCAUUUUUGGAGGUGCAGAAAAAUCUCUAGGUUCAGGUGGACCUCUUUUCAAAUUUGUUUCUUCUGUAGAUCCGCCAACUACAGUAUCAGUAGCACCGGAAACUAGCAUCUCAGAGACAGCUGAUCAGAGAGCCAAAAUUGACAUAAAUCCAAAUUCUGGAACCUCAAGUACCUCAUAUUCUACUGUUGCAGCAGCAACAACUGGCUCUACUAAUAGCAUUUUUAAGCUUGGUUCUUCUUUAAAUAAUUCAACGGGAAGCAGUCUUCAAAAUUCCAACUUUGCUAUUGCCACAAAAUCUCCAGUUUUUGGUGCUGGUACCAUCUUACAGGGCACAUCACCAGAGUCUGUUCCAUCUGCAUUAGUUCCAGCACAUAACAUGAAUACUGACUCUUAUCUUGGUUCAGUGCCAACUCCGAGCAUCAGUAUUGGUUUUAGUUCUUUGACUUCCACAUCAAAUACCACCUCUCUUGUCCCUGAUGUUGGGCCAACACCGAGUUUAUUCAAAUUCGGUGCAACUUCGGCUGCUGUUUCAGAAGGAUCUACAGUUAGCUCCAGUGCUAGUGCAACUUCUAGCCCAUUCAGUUUUGGUUCAUCUUCUUCAACCACUACAGUCUGUUCAAACAGUGCUCCCGCCACACCAGUAUUCAGUUUUGGUGGUACCACAGUUUCUUCUGAACCGAUUAAUACAACUAGCUCUUUCAGCAGUUACACAUCUGGUAUAUUCAGUUUUGGAGGCAGUCCUGUUUCCUCCUCGACAGCCCACACAGUUAGCUCCUCUGGUAUGGCUUCUAAUAUCUUUGGUUCCGGUUGUCAAAGCAAAAAUUCCCCAUUAUUUGGUUCUCCACCCCAAUCCUCGGGAUUUUUAUUCUCUGCUUCUGCAAAUGCUGCACCACCCAUGGCUUUCAAUUCAUCCAGUGGUACUUCGUCGGGUCCGAUAUUCUCAUUCACUAGCGUAUCUGCUUCUUCGCCUGUGCUUGGUGGUGGUUUUGCAGCCUCUCCUGGGAAUAACGAUAAGAUGAAUGCAGAAGACAGCAUGACUGAGGAUCCAGUGCCGUCAUCUUCACCUACUCCUGUAUUUGGCCAAGCAUCUGCUUCCCCUGCCACACCUACCUUUGCAUUUGGAUCGGCUGCUCCACCACAAAACAAUCCGUUCAUGUUCAACAGCCAGCAAAAUCAAGUACCUCUACAGAGCCCGUCUUCCUUCCAGGCAUCAGGCAGUGUAGAAUUCAAUGCUGGAGGCAGCUUUUCACUGGGAAGCGCGGGAGGUGACAAGUCAAAGCGGAAGAUUGUGAAAGUAAGUAGAUUGAAGAAUCGGAAGAAGUGAAGAUGUACACAAUGGUAUUAAUGAGGUUAGUGGUUGGAUUUUACUGAAUCCCGAGUCAAUAUAAUGAGUCAAUCAGCUGGUCUUUACAGGGCAGCAUUACAACAUACCUGCCUGAUUGUAAUAGAUCUGUUUUUCCUUGUUAGUAGUAUAGCAAAAUUUUGAUAGGCAACUAGUGUUACAGUUUGUCCGUUCUAGGAAUAGUGGUGGUAAGCUUCAUGUGUUGAGCUUUGUAAUUGUGUAAUUGACUUGGCUUCGAGUGUAUCAUAAUGGAAAAAUAUUCAGUUGUCAUAGCCUAUAA